ACCUGGAGGAGCUCAGUAGUCUAAAGCGCGGUGGGAAAAGACAGGAUUCCAAGAUAGAAAGGGUGCGGAAGCCUGCGAAAGAAGGCGACUGAGUUCUGUUCGGGGGCGGAGGGAGGGAACGCAUUUAAAGGGGCCAAGGCCCAGGAUAAGGUAGACAUUUAAAGGGACAGGUGCCCCAAAGAGAAGAGAAAUUUAAAGGUGCAGAUGCCCAAGAUAGAGCAGACACUAGAGGAUCCGAGCCGACGGAAAUAAGACAAAGUUGUAGGUGCUCGGGAGAGCAGGACAUUUUGAGAAGACUAGAGGCAAGCUUAGAAGACGCUUAAAGAGGUUCCCUUGUUCCCGGACCCCCUGUUCCCAGACUAUGGCCCCCAGUGCCCUGUAGACCUGGCGGGACCUCCCUGCUUGCGACCCCUAUUUGGGGCUCUGGGUGGCUACUGGAGGGCCAUGCAGAGGGGCAGAGAAGGCAGAACCAUGGCAUCUAGGGCCUCUGAACCUCCCCCAGGGUGCAGCGUGACAGCGGGCAUCAUCAUUGUUGGAGAUGAGAUCCUCAAGGGACACACUCAGGACACCAACACCUACUUUCUGUGCCGGACACUGCGCUCCCUGGGGGUCCAGGUGUGCCGAGUCUCUGUUGUACCGGACGAGGUGGCCACCAUUGCAGCUGAGGUCACCUCUUUCUCCAGCCGCUUCACCCACGUCCUCACGGCAGGGGGCAUCGGCCCCACUCAUGAUGACGUGACCUUUGAGGCAGUAGCACAGGCCUUUGGGGAUGAGCUCAAGCCACACCCUGAGCUGGAAGCCACCAUCAAAGCCCUAGGAGGGAAGGGCUGGGAGAAGCUGUCCCUGGUGCCCACCUCUGCUCGUCUGCAUUACGGCACAGAUCCUCGUACUGGCCGCCCUUUCAAAUUCCCUCUGGUCUCUGUCCGAAAUGUCUACCUCUUCCCAGGCAUUCCAGAGCUGCUGCGGCGGGUGCUAGAGGGGCUGAAGGGACUGUUCAGAAACACAGCUGUGCAGUUCCACUCACGGGAGCUGUAUGUGGCAGCUGAUGAGGCCUCUAUUGCCCCCAUCCUGGCUGAAGCCCAAGCCCACUUUGGGCGCAGGAUUGGCCUGGGUUCCUACCCUGACUGGGGCAGCAACUACUAUCAGGUGAAGCUGACUCUGGACUCAGAGGAAGAAGGGCCCCUGGAGGAAUGCCUGGCUUACCUGACAGCCAGUCUGCCCCAGGGAUCUCUGGUUCCCUACAUGCCCAACACUGUGGAGCAGGCCAGUGAGGCUGUAUACCAACUUAACGAAUCAGGGUCUUCUCUGGGGGAAAAGGUAGCAGGUGCCCUGCAGAUCAUUGAGACUGCCCUGGCUCGGUACAGCCUCACCCAGCUGUGUGUCGGCUUCAAUGGGGGCAAGGACUGCACUGCCCUCCUGCACCUCUUCCAUGCAGCUGUGCAGAGGAAAUAUCCUGAAGCCCAAGAACCCAUCCAGAUCCUGUACGUCCGAGGCAUCUCCCCUUUCCCUGAGCUAGAGCAGUUUCUGCAGGAUACCAUCAAGAGGUAUAAUCUGCAGGUGCUGGAGGCUGAUGGUGACAUGAAGCAGGCCCUGACUGAGCUGCAGGCACAGCAUCCACAGCUAGAGGCCGUCCUGAUGGGCACCCGCCGCACUGACCCCUACUCCUGCAGCCUCUGCGCCUUCAGCCCCACCGACCCAGGCUGGCCAUCGUUCAUGCGCAUCAACCCACUGCUGGAUUGGACCUACAGAGACAUCUGGGACUUUCUGCGCCAACUGUUUGUCCCAUACUGUAUCCUGUAUGACCGAGGUUACACGUCACUGGGAAGUCAGGAGAACACUGUGCGAAACCCAGCCCUGAAGUACCUGAGUCCAGAAGGACAGCCCGCCUACCGCCCAGCCUACCUACUUGAGAAUGAAGACGAGGAGCGGAACUCCCGGACAUGACCCCCAAUCCCGGAGGGAAGGAAGGAGGCUGUCGCAGGGUGUAACCUGUCAAUAAACUGCCUCUCACGUGCCUGUU